AUGAUGAACAGCCGUGACCGUCCCCGUCCGCCGCCGACGAAUGAUGCGCGACGCGGAGCUGAUCCUCGCAAUGGCUCCGGGUCUGGCCCCGGGUCGGGAGAUACAUCCAUGUCGAGGGCGGAGAAGUUCGAGGAUGAGAAGAAGCGCAUCAUCCAAAGCUGCUACUCUAAGAAGGAUAAUGAUGGAACCUUGAUUGAAUCUUAUAUUAUCCAUGUCCGCAUCACGGAAGAUGCGGCGCACCCCUCGACCCCUGCCCCACCGGACUCAGCUCCGAACAACAAGAAACCUCGCGUCAUUAUAGUUUCUGUUCGAAGAUCAGGUCGUGUUCGAAUGCACAAAGCGCGCGAGAAUAAUGAUGGCACCUUUUCCAUUGGAAAGACGUGGAUGUUGGACGACCUCACUGGGAUUCAAUCGUACAGCGCUUUUGUGCCGAAAUCACCAACCGAACAACAGCAUAAGGACUGGGCGGGAAGUGUUGGAUUCGUGGUGAGCAUUGGAAAACCAUACUAUUGGCAUGCCAGAAGUUCCAAGGAGAAGGAGUUCUUCAUUGGCAGCCUGGUGAAGAUUUACAAGAAAUAUACCGGAGGCAAAGUGCCGAACCUAAUUGGGUUUGACGAGAGAGAAAGACAACUGCUUGCAGGCAGUACAGGUCCCUCGGCGCCUUCACCAGUUCCACCCGGCUCGCGAGGUGGUCCUGACUCGUCGGCGGAAACCCCGUCGCCUCUUCAACAUCCACCUCCCCCGCAGGCACCAUUCACUCGUGACCCAAGCCGCGAUGGAGCUCGUGAGGUUCGACGGAGGCCCUCCGAAGACCCUGUUCUUCGAUCUCAAAAGAGCCGUGAGCAGAUGAGUCGUCCAUCUACUGCGUCAAAGCCGGCCCCUUCACCAUUCGGCCCGCCUCAGAAUCCACCAGCUAACGUGCCACCCCCGCGCGCGGAACCGAAAAGCAGAGAACCCCCCACAACAUUUUUACAGACUGGCGAUGAGAAUAACCAGGGGACUGCACAAGACGAGAUCCGACCUCCAUCUUCUCGGGAGGGCCGCUCAGCGCAAAUCCCGGCAUCACUCAUGCCAGCUCGUGCACCCGAACCAAGACCUUUGGAACCGAAGCGCAGUACAGAUGCCCUGCGCCCCACGACACCGGGGUCAUUUACCAAUGAGAACCGGGGCAUCACUGCCAGUCCUGGAAGCAGCAUUGGACCGAAGUCUCCAUAUCGCGAUGCUCCUGAGAAAGCGUCCGCAGCGGCUCAAGAACCUACACCAGAAACCACCACUGCCCCUACAGCCGCUGCGGAAGUACCCAAGCCCGCACCGCCGCCUGAAGUAGAACAUCCAUCAUCACCGCCAGCUGCGGAGCCUGAAGUAGUAGCACCUGCAGCGGCGGCCGAAGGAACACCCAAAUCUCCGGUGGCGGAACCUAGAGCCUCGAAAGAUGAGACUCUUGCCAGUCCACCCAAGCCCGCCGAUGAAGAUUCAGAGGCACAUCGCCCAGGUCUAGGCCCAAUGAUCAAGAAAAAGUCCGCAAAGGACAUUGCAAGUGCUUUCCGCAAGGCUGCUACUACCUAUGGUGCCUUCAAACCACGCCCUGGCGGAGCGGGCGAACGUCUCCUUGCAGCAGCCAAAAAGCAGCAGGCUGAGGCUAUGGGCCCCGAUGGUAUCACUGGCGUUGUCCCAGCCCCAUCUAGAUCUGCCAACGAUAUCACGAAGGCUGCACCAGAUGAGACCGCAGAGCGAGAGACGUCGGCAGCAUCAACAGUAUCUGCGCCACCCGCGACUGCCACUCCACAGUCCGUGACACCAACUGUCGAAAUCACACAACAUCUCGGUGAGGAGUCUUUACCUCCUUCAGAACCUACACCAGCGGCAGAAUCUAAAGAUGGUCUGUCAGAACUCUCAAAGGUGGAAAGCCACGCCAGAAGUCCUUCCCCGGGCGCCCAGGGUCGUCGUAGAAAGCGCCGUGAAGAUCAUACCAUCAAAUACUGCCAAUCCCUUGGGAUCGACCAUAGUGUCCUGGAUGGACGUGGUAUUGACUUUGAUGAUAUUUUGACGGAUUUGGGAUGGAACGGGCGACUGGGCGACGAGCAGAAGAUUGAGGAUCUAGAAGCAGACGUCCGCCGUGAGAUAGGCCGCGUUGAAGCAACCAGCUGGCUGGGUAACCUUGAACAGCAAGAAGGCAAGGUGGAACAGCUGGCUGUCCUGAUUGAGAAAACCAUUGAAGAGUGCGAAGAGCUGGAUGGCUUGCUUACUCUUUACUCGCAUGAGUUGAAUACACUACACGAGGACGUCGCAUUCAUCGAAGCUCAGUCUCAAGGUUUGCAGGUGCAGACGGCCAAUCAAAAGCUACUCCAGAACGAGUUACAUACUCUCCUCAAGACACUGUCAAUUUCUCCGGCCGAUAUCCGUCCCUUGAGGGAGGCCUCUUUGACUAACCCGGAAGGGUUGAAGGAAACCGAAUCAGCGCUCUCGACGCUGUACAAGGCGAUGCUGAUGAUCGAUGCUGAUAUUGGGCAAAACCAGAAGAGGCAGGCCGAUGCCAGCGUGGGUGUUUACGCCAAUACUGAGAUUGGUCAAAUGCGCGCCAUCAAGGAAAGAAAGGGCGAGUACCGCCAAGCUGCCUUGACCUUCCUUCAGCGUCUGAAGCCAUUCAUGGCUGUCGCCUUCAAGACGGCGGAACAGAAACGGGCCGAUGCCGUUGCUGGCUCGCCCAGAGACCCCAUGAAGCUGGACGGUUCUGCACGACAGAAAUUCCGUGAGGAAGUGUGGCGAUAUAACCCGUUGAUGCUCUUUGCAAAGGAAGUCAGCACGUCGGAAUGGCAUGACCUUGUUCAGCUUUAUGAACAACAAUCUAAGCCAUCUUACCAAAAUGACUUCCGUGACAACACACUGGCGUGGAAGAAGGCGGCUCGCAAGCCCACUGGAGAGGAGCAGGAACUUCUUUUUACCCACCAAGAAAAAGAGAAGGAGGGUGAGGGUAUAACUAUGGCUGCCCGCAAGCUGACCGUUCGCCGCGGCAAGACGAUCCGAGCUGCAACUGGCCUACGCUUGGCUUCGAGCGAAAAGAAACCCACCAGCAAGGUCGAGCCGUGCGAAGCAUUUGCUUCAGGCCUACGAGAGACACUGCACAUGAUUACAGACGAGCAGAAUUUUGUUGUUCAAUUCUUCCAACUUAACUCUCUUGCCACCGCCGACUUCUCGGAUCUGGUAGCUGCUGCUAGCCCAGAGAAUCGCCAGUGUCCCGACUUCACUGUUAAACAGUCCCCUGAUCCCGACCGCCAAAUGGCUAAGCGCGUUGAGCAGAUCAUGGAUGAAAUCUACUCUUUCUGGCCUAAUGACCUGCAGAGCAUGGUGGAUUGGGCAGUGCAAGCUGAUCCCAUGCAAGGGAUUGGCAUCCUAUUCGCUCUCGAGUCAGCUAUGACUGAACUCGACGACACUAAUCAAGAAUUCAUCAUUCACUCUCUCCAAAAGAUCCACUCGCGCUUGAUGGGCCUAUUCAAUCGGUUCGUGGAUGAACAGAUCCGCGGCAUCGAGGACACCAAGGUCAAGGUCAACAAGCGGAAGGGUGUCAUUUCCUUUAUGCGAGUUUUCCCCAACUUCUCCACGGCCGUUGAAAACAUGCUGGCCAACUCGGUUGCCGAGACCUGUGAUAUCCGUAUCAGUGUCAACGAUGCAUACGACCGCAUCAACCGGGCCAUGUGGGAGUCUCUCAAAUUCAUCGCCAAGGAAGCACCUGGCCAGCCACCAGGAGUGGCAGCCAGCGCCGGAGAUCCCGAGGACAAGGAGGUGCUCAACUACCACAUUCUACUCAUUGAGAAUAUGAACCACUACGUCGAGGAGGUUGAUGUCCACAGUCUGCCUGUGCUCGAACGCUGGGCGGACCGAGCACGCCAGGACUUUGACGAGCACAUGAAGCUUUACCUCGACGCCGUCAUUCAUCGGCCUCUUGGGAAAUUGCUUGAUUUCAUCCAGUCUGUCGAGACCCUGCAGGCCAAUGGUACGGCAGACAUUGCCACGCGCGCCAGCCACUCCCGCAUGGUGGCCAAGAAGGUGCUCUCCUCGUAUGAUGCCAAGGAAAUCAAGCGUGGCGUGGAUAUGCUGAAGAAGCGCGUUGAGAAGCACUUUGGCGAUGCCGAUGACCCUGGUCUCAGCCGCAGCCUGGUGCUGAAGGUGAUUCGGGAGUGUGAGAUUCGGUAUGAGAAUGCAUGGGACCGGACUCGACGAAUCAUCGAUACGGUGUAUGAGGGACAGUUGGAGAUGGAGUGGCGCAAGGAGGAUGCCGUGACGAUGUUCCGGAAAUGA